AUGUCGCACCCGUCUCCCGCUCCCAAGAGGGACGUUCACAACCCACUCCUCUUCGAGUGUGCCUGGGAAGUCGCUAACAAGGUCGGUGGUAUCUACACCGUCAUCAAGACCAAGGCUCCCGUCACGCAUCAAGAGUAUGGCGAUCGAUACACUCUCAUUGGUCCUCUCUCCUACAAGACCGCUCCCAUGGAGGUUGAGGCGCUCGAACCCGAACACCCUCUCCUCAAGGAGACGCUCGACAGCAUGCGUGACGCUGGUGUCAAGUUCCUUUACGGCCGAUGGCUCAUUGAGCGAGCUCCUCGAGUACUCCUCUUUGACACGUCUAGCAUGUACCACCGCAUGGACGAGUGGAAGGCUGAUCUCUGGAAUCUUGCAGGUAUCCCUACACCCCAGCAUGACCACGAGACCAACGAGACGCUCGUUUUCGGUUACCUCGUAGCAUGGUUCUUGGGCGAGUACUCGAGUCGAGAGCGCAAGCGUGCCAUCAUUGCCCACUUCCACGAAUGGCAGGCCGGUCUCGCCAUCCCUCUUUGCAGGAAGCGUCACAUCGACGUCACAACCAUCUUCACAACCCACGCCACUUUGCUCGGUCGAUACCUCUGUGCCGGCAGCGUCGAUUUCUACAACAACUUGCAGUACUUUGAUGUCGAUCAUGAGGCUGGCAAGCGUGGUAUCUAUCACCGUUACUGCGUCGAGCGUGCUGCUGCUCACUGUGCAGAUGUUUUCACUACAGUCAGUCACAUUACCGCUUACGAGUCCGAGCAUUUGCUCAAGCGCAAGCCAGACGGUGUCUUGCCCAAUGGUCUCAAUGUAGUCAAAUUCUCGGCCAUGCACGAGUUCCAAAACUUGCACGCCGUUUCCAAGGCCAAGAUCAACGAGUUCGUCAAGGGACACUUCUACGGUCACUACGAUUUCGAUCUUGAAAACACACUCUACUUUUUCACCGCUGGUCGAUACGAGUACCGCAACAAAGGUGUCGACAUGUUUAUCGAGUCGCUUGCCCGUCUUAACUAUAAGCUGCAGAAGAGCGGUUCCAAGACUACUGUGGUUGCAUUCAUCAUCAUGCCUGCUGCCACCAACUCUUACACCAUCGAGGCGCUCAAGGGUCAAGCCGUGACCAAGCAGCUUCGUGACACUGUCGAGCAGAUCCAGGCACGUGUUGGUGAGCGUCUUUUCGAAAAGAUGGCUCGUUACCAGGGCGAGUCUGGCAGCGAUGUGAUUGACCCUGCUACUUUGCUCUCGGAUGCCGACAAAAUUGCGCUCAAGAAGCGUAUUUUCGCGCUGAAGCGCAACUCGCUUCCUCCCGUCGUCACCCACAACAUGCAGGACGACGGCAACGAUCCCAUUCUCAACCAGAUCCGUCGUGUUCAACUCUUCAACCGCACCAGCGACCGUGUUAAAGUCAUCUUCCAUCCGGAGUUCUUGAACGCCAACAACCCAAUCUUGGGUUUGGACUACGAAGAGUUCGUCCGUGGUUGCCACUUGGGCGUCUUCCCAUCCUACUACGAGCCUUGGGGAUACACUCCUGCUGAAUGCACCGUCAUGGGUGUUCCAUCCAUCACCACCAACUUGUCCGGUUUCGGUUGUUUCAUGGAAGACACCAUCGAGCGUGGCGAGGAUUACGGUAUCUACAUCGUCGACCGUCGCAUGAAGAGUGUCGAAGACUCGGUCAACCAGUUGACAGAUCAAAUGUUCCAGUUCAGUCAAAAGACGCGUCGUCAACGUAUCAACCAGCGUAACCGUACCGAGCGUCUUUCCGAGUUGCUCGACUGGAAGCGUCUCGGAUUGGAAUACGCCAAAGCACGUCAGCUCGCCCUUCGCCGAGCAUACCCUGACUCUUUCGACGAGGACGAUACGAUCGAGAGCUACUUUGAUGACAUUCAUGGAGAUGGAAAGAUGCCACCGCCGCUCUCGAUGCCUGGUUCGCCACGUUUCGGUACAGGUGCAAGGACACCAGGCGAAUUCGGUACGCUUACCGAAGAGUUGCAAGGUUUGAGCACGUCGGAUUACCAGGGCCACCAGCAGUUCUGGAAGACCAUGAGCCAGCACGGUUCGGAUGACGAAGAGGCAGAAUACAGAUACCCGCUUGUGAUCAAGUCGAGGGCUCGCGGUACAAGUGUGGGCAGUACGAGUGGUGCUAGCACUCCUGGUUUGGGAGGUGGAAAGUUCUUGUCCAGUGCCGAUUUGGAUCGAGCGGAUGCUGCGCUCAGCAACCAUAGCGGCGCGCCAAAUGGCAGUAAUGGCAACGGUUACUAG